GCUGAUCAACCUGCCGCAGUCUCAAGCGUGAAACCUUUCCAGCAAGAUGUCUCGAUCGCUCACUGCAGCGCUGUGUACGGUGGUGCUUUUUGCGGUGAUCUGCCAGCAAGUGUCCAGCCAUGGCCGUCGCCAUCAUGGCCGCCAUGACCAUCAUCAUCAUCAUGGGCACGGACAUCGACGCCCGCACCACUGGACACCACAUCCAAACAUCGAGAUCUACAGCCCGAAAGGUAUUGAGCUCUCCAUCCAAAGGCUGAACGCUACAUCGCAAUACUUUGCGUUCGAGCUGUACAUCAACAACCCGGGCGGGGAUACGCCGGACGUGGUGCAGAACGCGACGGAGCUGGUGUACGGGAAGUACAUCGUGCGCGAUACGGAGGUGAUCAUCAAGCCGGGUGACGCGUUAAACCUAACAACCUACAUGGGUUUUACCGAUGGAGGAGUGCUAAAGAACACGAUCCAGUUUCAUGUGUUUCGACAUAUGAUCAGAAGCAACUGUACCUGUGAGAAUGACAGCCGAUCAGAAACUACCACAAAACAGCCAGUCUACACCAUACCGCCCUGGUCACGGUCCACAACCCAAACGCCACGAAUCACUACUCCUCAACCUACAGCAUCGACAAGAAGAACUACAACUCCUUCGCCGAUCACACCCACUACCGCCAACUGGAAUCAGGAACUGUUCAACGGUGACUAUUCCGACGAAGGAUUUGAUUGUGAAAUCGAUCCCGAAACAAACCUUUGCUCGCACGCUUCGCUGUUGGACGUACGGAGCGGAGCGAGGGACGAAAGUCUCCCACAAAAACUCAUCCAAGCCAAGUCAGAUCGGCGGUACGAUGCAAGCAUUUUGAAAGGUAUCGUGGAUAUGGUAAGUGCACAGUGUGCAACGAAACCACGCACCAACCUCCUGACCCUGAAGAGUCCGGAAGAUUCGUACGAUACGUCGAUCGAUUGGCGCGGAUAUGUGCGAACCGUGCUGAAACAAUCGCCCAAGCUUGCCCGGGUUGCGGAUAGCGCAUUGGUUGGUGCCAGCCCUAACGGGAAGGUGAUCGUUUUCGAGAUGGACACAUUGCUCCACAAGCUGCUAGUGCUGUACCAGGCCCGCGAAGCCGGUAUGACGUCUGUGAGGGACUACGAUGAUGUUGGCAAGAAAUACUGAAAAGCCGUAAGAAUACUCAUCGAACGUAAAAGUUUUGACUUAGUAGCAAAUAUAUAUAUAUAAUGAGCAUA